AUGAAUAGCGCGCCCAAAAAAAGCGACCUUGAACGCUUCUUAAAUCAGAAGGUGUUCAUGCGUUUCCAAGGGGGUCGAGAAGUUUCAGGCCGCCUUAAAGGCUUCGAUGAGAAUACCAAUGUGGUCUUGGAUGAAAGUGUAGAAUAUGUCCGAAAUACCAAGAAUGAACCCACUCAGAGGAAACGACAUCUUGGACUGUUAGUGGUCCGAGGCAUCACUGUCGAAUCUAUGAGUGCCGAAGAAGACAUGAUAGAGAUCGAGAACCCCUAUAAUUAA